GGAAUUAUGUCUCUCUUCAUCAAUCAAGAAUUUACUGCACACAGACUGACUGACAAUAAAUAUAUGGAUUUUACUGCACUUUUUGGAGACCAAGAUCAAUGUAAAGACUUGAGGAAUGACAAUGGACUUUCAUCACCCGAACCUGAGAGAAGCGCGUUUACAGAGGGCCAAAGGAAGCGCAAAAGAACCAUAUUCAGUCGCGCACAAUUGUCUGAGUUGGAACAAGCUUUCGCUCUGACGCCGUACCCAGACAUCACUCUCCGUGAACGCUUGGCCGCACAAACACAUCUACCUGAAAGCAAGAUACAGGUGUGGUUCCAAAACAGACGGGCGAGAAGUAUCAAGAGUGGAAGACUCACCAAAUCUACCAAUACAACUUUUGGAAGAGGAGGUGAAAAAUGUCUACCUCGCCCAAUAGUCCCCUCCCCUGGUCCCUCCUUCACCCCAACCACAAUGGGGGAAAUGUUCCGACCAGACCAGAUUCAGUGUGAUGAUGUUCAGCAGUUCUACUCCGACUGGAUCCGUCUCUACAGCAACCCUGUGUCUCAUCAGCUUACACCCGUCUCCCCAAACCUGGCAGAAUCCCUACUGUGGGAGGAAGACUCUCACCUGGGAUCUCUUGCUACUACCACGGCACCCGUUGGAAGCCAAGCACAGUCUACAUGGCCAUACCGGGAUGGGUUCAACCAGGCCUGCGUGGGCACCUCAGGGUAUAGGAACUUUAAGCCACAGACUCUAGCUGUCUCACAGGCAAGAUAUAGUCAUCAAACCUCAGUGGACCAGGUUGUCCCCUCCCAUCCGCAGCAGAUGUACUGGGAUGUGACUCAAGGAGAGGGUCAUCAUCCUCAGGUGGGCCCCCAGACCUCCAUCGGAUACAUCUCAGACCUGAUCUAUAAUGCUGCUAUUGUCACCAACUUCCUGGAGUUCUAA